GACUGACUGAUCUGUAAAUAACAAUGAAUCGUAUUUUGAGGCACAAGGUGACUUGUAGAUCAGUCAUUUCGCAGGCGCGUGUAUUCGUUUUGAUUCUCUCGAACACGGCCAUUGUGUAGGAGGCGGUAGCUAUACGUUCCCGGUCAUUCAACCGCUACAUUCAACAGUGGCGGCGGCUUCUAAACUGCCAGGUUUGGAAGAGAUGUGUACUCAUAUGUUCUCGUUCAUGACAAAGACAUGAUCUGACUUGGAUAUUUUAAUUGCAAAUAUAGAAUGCUCUCAUAGGGUCAGGAAUUUGGAUAAGUUUUCGAGCACAUCACCACGGGUACAGUAUAUAGCUAACCUUAGCAGACAGAGAAAUGGAGGUGGGUUCAGUGGUGCAGGAGGACAUUACUUUCCGUGGAGUGGAGUUCGCUGUGAAGAUAGAACUAGAAGAAGGAUUGUUAAUAGUCGAGAUCUCUGAUGCCAUGACAGCUGACCAGUGGAGGGGAGAGUUUGACCCAGCCUACAUCGAAGACCUUACUCGAAAAACAGGGAACUUCAAGCAGUUUCCCAUCUUCUGCAGCAUGUUGGAAUCAGCCGUUAGUAAGACAAGUGAGUCAGUUACCCUUGACCUCUUGACCUAUGCUGACCUGGAGCUCCUGCGAAACAGGAAGACUGGGGUUGUUGGUCGUCCUCGAGCCCAACAGCAAUCUCCUAACCUUAGUGCCAAAAGAUACCUCAUCCUUAUCUACACUGUGGAAUUUGACAGGAUCCACUACCCCCUGCCACUGCCCUACCAUGGUAAACCUGACCCUGCCGCCCUGCAGAAGGAGAUCCGAGCACUGAAGACUGAGCUAAAUGCCCUCGUCAACCAUGCAGGUCAUAAACCAGCAGAGCCAGAGAUACGCAGGCUCCGGGCAGAACUGGCAUUGGUGAGAGAGGAGAAAGAGGCCCUGGCCAAGGCUUUGGAGCGUCUACAGAUUGUUGGGGCUGCUUCCACUUCUGGAGCAGGAACUCAGGGGUCCAGAGAGUUGGUCCGGAGUUUAGAGGAUCAGCUCCUCAGAGAGAGGGCUAAGAGUCAGCGGUCAGCCAGCAAGAGAGGCCAGGAGCAGCGCCUCCUACUGGAGCAGUUGGAGGAGCUAAGGGCAUCAGAGCGAGCACUCCGGAUUCGUGUAAAGAGUUUGACCAAUGAGCUGGCGUUGCUGAGACGAGGGUUAGUCAAUCUAAGCAUUAGAGUGACCCCUGCCCUCCCAGGGCGCAGUGCCUCCCGGGGUGACGGAGAGAUCAGGCGCUCGCUGUCCCGGGAGCGUACUUUGGGACGUGUUGUGGUCAGAGCUCGCUCAGGGUCCAGGGAGAGGACAGAAGAGAGGGGUCGAAGGUCAGAAGGUCGGAGGGCAGACUCCUCUGGGCCCCGCUCACACGUCUCCAGACCCUCACCUUCUCCCACAGGUUUGCGGGCGCCACGCUUUGACCCCACUGCAUAUAUCCAGGACAGACAGCGCCGACUGAGAGAGGCGGAGCUCAAAAACCAGAGGAAGGUCCGAAGGGACAUGUUGGCGUCGCCUGUUCUGGACAGAGGCCUGGAGCGGGGCAGAUCUCGGUCCAGGGAGGCAUAUCCCCAGAUGACCAGGGCUGGCAGUGGAAGCAGAGGGAGGAGUGUAUCAAUUGAGAGUAGGAGGAGCAGACAGUCUUCUGAGAAUUCAUUGGUGGAGAUGGAUGAGUUGACAAUCCGAGGAAGGAAGCAGUCCUACAACGGUCCAACCCUGCCCAGAGGAAUCCAUUUGACAAGCAAGCCCCAUUGCAGCACUCCCACACACAGGAUAAGAUCAGACAAAGAAGGCUCCAUAGAUGGGGCUGACCUGUCAGAGAUCGAUGCCCGGCUGCAGGCCUUACAGGACUACAUGAGGGACCUGGAUACGGGACGCUGAACUCUAUGCUCUAAACCCUGGGCGGGACAGUUGGUUUAGAAAUGUCUUCUCUGGGUUGGAAACUGAGACCAAGUAAUACUGUUGGAGUAAGAACUGUUAAUAAACAAGACCUCUGCACUACACAAUGAUGUUUGCGCACAGAAGCACACAUUAUCAGCCAACAGGCUUAUGCAAGUGCAAAGACAGAUGGAUGCACGCACAGCUUAUUCUGUGGUCCUCUGGGAGACGGUGCCCAAUCUGUGGAUGAAGAUACCUCUGUGAAGGCUGCCACUGAACUUGAACUGAGGAACGACUGAUUUUAUACUAUGGUUUUAUAACUUGCACUGUGUAUAUUGAUGUGACAUUAAUACCCAGUUUUCCCUUUUAUAAAAUGAGUGACUGAUGAAAGCUAAGCUUGUUUUGAUUUAAAAUAUUUGGGUCUGUAAAUAUUGUAGCUUUAUUUAAAAUGUUUUGCAGGUGAUUGAUUACUUGUUUUUGUUCAGAAGUAUUAUUUGUAUUUUUUUAAAGAAAGCUUUCAUUUAUUCUGCUAUAUACAGAUUUUAUUGAAAUGCCUGCUUAUGAUGCAUUAUUAUUGGGUUUUAUCCAUGUGUUAUAACUUGAUGAUAUGGGGUUUAUGAAGUGUUCAGUUCAAUUCAGUUCAAGUGACCUAUUGGAUCAUUGAUUAUUUUAAUAUGGCCAUUCAGCCAACUGUAUUUUCAUGCUAUUACUAAAACUAUGAACUCUUCAUCAUCCCUGCAGCAGCUAUGUCUCUUGGUAGUGUCUCAGUGAGAGCACCAAGUGCAGUGUCCUCUAGUACAUUUAGUGUUGGUUGAAUGGGCUGAAUGUUCCUCCCUAGGGCUUCACUCAAGGGGCAGCUGCUACUACAGCUGGCUUGAUCUCAUUAAUUUACAGCUAACCUUCUGGGGCUGAAACCUUCCUCUCCUGGGUGAGUGUCUAGGCUACUGAAGCAGCUGUUUCCAUCUCUCUCUGCAUUAGUGUGGGAGGAUAAUACUAACAAAGGAAGUUGAUAGGCUGUUUUGUUUUUUGAAACCGAUUCUGAGGUUUUUAGGUUUACCUCAGUUGCUAAUAAAAUGUUAUGCUUUCCAUUCAA